AUGCCAGUCCAGCAGCAUGUUCUCAACUGGCUUUACAGUGUUCUGACCAGCGAAUACCAUGAUGUGAACCGAACGUAUAACGACGUUGCGCACGCGCUAGCACGGUUCCCAUCCCUAGCUCCUCGAACAGACGUCCACACAUUCACUAGUGGCUCCAGCGCGCUUCUGGUGCAUCUCGCCGGUACAUUGCCCGUCACCUUUCGCGGCAGCACAUACAGGUUUCCCAUCUCUGUAUGGAUGCCUCAUGCGUAUCCCGAGCAAGGGCCUUUGAUUUACGUCACACCAACCGAUAAAAUGUCCAUCCGCCCAGGGCAGCACGUCGAUCCCCAAGGACAAGUCUAUCACCCCUACUUAGUGAACUGGGCAUCGAACCCGCAAGCUUCUUCGCUCGUAGGAUUCUUGGACAUAUUAGCGGACGUCUUCGGGAGGGAGCCCCCAGUGGUUGCCCGACAAGCUGUACCUCGACCGCCGCCUCCUCCACCAAAAAUGGCCCCGCAAGCUCCUUCGGACCGCUCAUCUCUUUCCACCUCGGAGACAAGGGGGCCGCCGCUGCCACAAUUGCCGUUAGCCUCAACCGACGAAGCACGAAACCUUUCCCGAUAUGAUUCAGCCCCCCCGCUCCCUCGGGAUGCCCAAUCGCCCACGGCAUCAGGGACACGAUUGCUGUCGAACAGGCAACCAUAUGACAUGCAGGACGCCCGGCGUUUAAGCAACCAUUCGGGUUACAACCCGCAAGGUGGUUUGAGCUCAGGUGGCACCGCUGUUCCUCCGCCCCAGAUCCACGGGCGACACCCAGGUCCAUCUCAGCACCCAGGACUGGGACAGCCACCUCAUAUGGUAUCGCAAGCGCAACAGCAGUUUCCGCCAUCCCAUACAUGGCACCAUCCUGAGAAAAGGCCGACGCAGAAGCUGCGGAGCCAAGCGAGCGAGCACCCACCGUUGCAGAGGCCCCCCCGAGCACCCGCCGAUUUAAUGGAUGAACCGCUGGAGCUAUCCAUACCAGACAGCUCCUCCGUCGCGCCACCGCCGAUACCCCCUAACCCGGAGAAAGAUGCGCUGCUCCGCCAGCUAGCUCAUACAUUGGCGGCUCUGCGCCAGCACAGUCGCCAGCAGAACGACUCUAGUCUGUCCGGUCUACAAGCGCAAAGGAAAGCAAUGCUGGCGGUUCUGCCGACAAUGGAGAAUGAGAUGAACCAAUUGACACACUUAUCUAGCGUGUUGUCAUCAAAUGCCAGCAUCCUCCGUGAGUCGUUGCGCAAAGCAGACGGGGUCAUCGAGGGCUCCAGGAGCCAUCCGACGCCUUCCAUUGAUGAGCUGCUUGUCGCACCUACUGUCGUGGCGAAUCAACUCUAUACACUCGUCGCUGAGGAGCGGGCGUUGGGUGACUCCAUCUUCAUGCUAGGCCGAGCUGUCGAGAGAGGUCGAGUUUCGCCUGCUGUUUUCGCCAAGAUGACACGUUCACUGGCACGAGAGUGGUAUCUCAAAAAGGCAUUGGUACGUAAGAUUGGGCUCGGCAUGGGUCUCGCGCCAUGA